GCUUUUUUGAAACGAGCGAAAAAAUUUCAAAAUUUUGUUUGAAAAAAAAAUUCAUUUUUUAAAUUGAAAAAAAUGUUCAAAGUUGAUAAUAUUAAACAAAACAAUGAUAAACAACAACGUAUAUCAACACAUAGCCAUAUUAAAGGUCUUGGUUUGAAUGCUGAAGGUAAUGUUUCAAAUGAUUCAUGUGGUUUGAUUGGUCAACAUCAAGCUCGAAAGGCUGCUGGUGUUGUUGUCGAAUUGAUCAAGAUGAAAAAAAUGGCCGGCCGAGCUAUUCUGUUUGUUGGACCACCUGGUACCGGUAAAACUGCAUUAGCAUUAGCCAUAUCACAAGAACUUGGUGAUCAAAUUCCAUUCUGUCCAAUGGUUGCUGGUGAAGUUUAUUCAGCUGAAGUGAAAAAAACUGAAAUUCUGAUGGAAAAUUUUCGCCGUGCAAUCGGCCUAAGAAUUAAAGAAACAAAAGAAGUUUAUGAAGGUGAAGUUUGUGAAAUUCAACCAAUUGAAAUGGAUAAUCCAUUAGGUGGUUAUGGUAAACAAAUUCAUCAUUUAUUGUUAACGUUGAAAGCAACAAAAGGAACAAAACAAUUAAAAUUAGAUCCAAGCAUUUAUGAAUCAUUACAAAAACAAAAAGUUGAAAUUGGUGAUGUCAUUUAUAUUGAAGUUAAUAGUGGUUCAUUGAAACGUAUUGGCCGUUCUGAUUCAUAUGCAACUGAAUUUGAUUUGGAAGCUGAUGAAUAUGUUCCCCUACCGAAAGGUGAUGUUUUCAAACGUAAAGCUGUUGUUCAAGAUAUUACCCUAAAUGAUUUGGAUGUAGCAAAUGCACAUCCACAAGGUGGUCAAGAUGUCCUAUCAAUGAUGAGUCAAUUAAUGAAACAGAAAAAGACGGAAAUUACUGAAAAACUUCGACAUGAAAUUAAUAAAAAAGUGGAUAAAUUAAUUGAAACUGGACAAGCUGAAUUAAUAACCGGAGUAUUGUUUAUCGAUGAAGUUCAUAUGUUGGAUUUGGAGUGUUUUACAUUCCUAUCGAAAGCACUGGAAUCAAAUAUAUCACCAAUAGUUAUAAUGGCAUCAAAUCGUGGUAAUUGCCUGAUACGUGGCAGUGAAGAUAUUUAUUCACCACAUGGUAUACCAUUAGAUUUUCUUGAUCGUACUAUUAUUAUUAAAACAGUACCAUAUACAAGGGAAGAAAUUCUUAAGAUUCUGCGUAUACGUGUUCGUAUCGAAUCAUUAGAUAUUGAUGAAGAAGCUCUUAUACAAUUAGCUAUGAUUGGUUCACAGAAAACAUUACGUUAUGCAUUACAAUUAUUAUCACCUUGUUCACAAUUAGCUAAAGUUUAUUUCACUACGAUAACAACCAAAAUAUUGGAUGAAAUUAAUGAAUUAUUUUGUGAUUGUCGUCAAUCGGCAAUCAUAUUGAAUCAAGAGAAUAGCCAUUAUCUUAAAUAAUUAUCAUUGAUUAUCAUGUUUCUACCAAUUAUCCUAAUCA